UCCUCGAUACACGAUCUAGUGUGCCAUAUAUAGAUAUAUCAUACCACCACACAGCGAGCGCAUAGCGCACACGGCGCGCGCAAACUAGGACACCAAAAGAAGCCAGCUUCACCUCAUCUCAUCGCAUCCCAGACAAACCAUCAUAUCGUCUCAGCAUGUUGAUGCCUUCAGCGCUUUCGUCAUGCGAUCUAUCGCGCCCACCCGUCACUCGCCUACAAUCUUCGCUCUUCGCCUCGCCGCCCGCGAGUCCUCCAACCACCCCUCAUACCACAUUCGGCACCAUUGUCCACUCGUGUCGCGCGCUUCAGUCAAUGUUGAGAACACCACCACCCAUGUCUGCGCAACCCCUUGAGCAACCACCAUCCACCUUACCCACACCGCCCAUGGGCCACGCGCCUUUCCCUCCUAUCAAAAUGCGCCUGCGACCACGCCCACAGAACGCAAAUGGUAACGGGAACAACAACGGGAACGGCAACGCGAACGGCAACGCGAACGGCAACGCGAACGGCAACGCGAACGGCAACGCGAACGGCAACGCGAACGGCAACGCGAACGGCAACGCGAACCGAGACCAGCGCUUAAAGAUCCGCAAGCGAACCCCGGCACCACCUCGCGGCCCCAACAAGCGACGUCGCGCAGUUGAUGAUGACAUGGGCCGCGAUGAUGACAUUGAUAGCGAUCUGGACAUCAGCAACACCGACGUCGAGGAGCUAGGAGAUGCACAACACACCACACCCACGCCUACAACACCGAAGCGGGCGCGUAUCGCUCCCGCCGACAUGCCACGGGGGCUUGAACGCUCAGACUUUCAUGAAUUGCACGAGCCUACGGAAGAGGAGACCAGGAAAGAAGGCACAGAGGUGGAAGAAGAGGAAGAUGGCGAGAGAUGGAGUCUCGAGGACGACCGCGUUCUUGUUGAAUUGAUUUUCGAGAAGCUCAAGCUCUCCAAAUCAGAGUGGCAGGAGUGUGCGCGGCGUGUCGGCAAGAGCGAGAACGGGGUAGAGAGGAGGUGGAGGACUCUCACCAGGAACGGGGAUAUCGGCGUGAGGUCGAGAACCCGGCGAGGCAAGGUCCAUGGUACCUGGGGGUGAUGCCCAGGGAUUCUGAGUGACUACAACCUUGAAGCAAAUAAGUGUGUUUAUCUCUGCUCUUUCAUUCUAUUUUUCGGCCCAGAGCGCUAUUUUUUUGAGAGUUCUAUUUGAGAGCGCUCUGGUGGUAUACUGUUUGGAGUUUCGGUCUGGCGUUUGAAGAUUUGGAUACGGAGAUGGAUAUGAUACCGUGCCUAUGGGCAUUUGCUUUUACCUACCUUAGUUACAAUUCAAUUGAGUGAGUGAAUAGAUAACUAUCACACAUCACAUGAAUUUCAGUCUCAUGGUUUACUGUGAAUUAUGAUAGUC